GUUCAGCGGUCGAAGGGCACCGAUGUUAUAACUUCUUGUACACACAGCCGCUUUUCCUUUUUUCUCCGCAUUUCUGUCUCGUAUUUAACCUCCAAAGUAAUCGACUGAACCCCUUCAGCAGCUCCUAGCGGUUUUUGUUUCUUAUCUCAUUUCACCAGCCGGAAAUAAAGGACAGGAUGGAGGAAAAGGUUGGAGAAGGUGUAGCUUGUAGUCGCUGAAAACGACCCCUCUACUUCACCGUUAAGUCUCAGUCUCAGAGGUUAAAUUAGUUUGUAAGUAUCCCUCUAUAGCAGACAUCGGGAACUUUGUUAGCUAAAGCUCAGUUUGAGUGUGGACCUGAUUCUUAUUCAUAGAUUAAACAUUUCUAGAGGAUCUAGUUUCCCCUCCAGAUUCCAGUUGGUUCUCUCUUCUAAGGCAUGGAUGUGUCAGAUCGCUAAGCAGAGAAGAUGACAUCGGAGGCUUCUGUCUCUACAACCUCCCCUACAAGCAGCACCCCAGCUAAAAUAGACUACUACUGGCUUCGCUCCUUUGUAGCAGGAGGUGUAGCAGGAUGCUGUGCCAAGACUACUAUCGCCCCCCUGGACAGAGUCAAGAUUCUUCUUCAGGGCCAGAGCCCCCAUUACAAACAUCUGGGGGUGUUCUCAACUUUGACUGCCGUGCCUAAGAAGGAAGGCAUCCUGGGCCUGUAUAAGGGCAAUGGAGCAAUGAUGGUCAGAAUAUUUCCUUAUGGAGCCAUUCAGUUCAUGGCCUUUGACAAAUACAAAAAGCUGCUGAAUACACGCAUUGGGAUCUCUGGACACAUUCAUCGCCUCAUGGCAGGAUCUAUGGCAGGUAUGACUGCGGUGAUAUGCACCUACCCUCUGGAUGUGGUCCGUGCCCGGCUGGCCUUCCAGGUGAAGGGACAUCAUCACUACUCUGGAAUUGUGGAUGUUUUUCGCUCCAUUUAUCGAAAGGAGGGUGCGUCUGGCUUUUACAGGGGCCUCACUCCAACCCUAAUUGGAAUGGCGCCUUAUGCAGGUCUCUCUUUCUUCACCUUUGGUACCUUGAAGAGUCUGGGCUUAAAGAAUUUCCCUGAGCAGCUGGGACGUCCGUCAUCAGACAACCCGGAUGUGCUUGUUCUGAAGACCCACGUCAACCUGCUGUGUGGAGGAGCUGCUGGUGCCUUUGCUCAGACUGUAUCCUACCCCUUGGAUGUGGCAAGGAGAAGGAUGCAACUAGGGACUGCGCUUCCUGACUCGGAUCAAUGUGGAUCACCUAUGAAGACCCUGAAGUAUGUGUAUGAGAAAUAUGGGAUCAAGAGAGGAUUAUACAGAGGCCUUUCUCUCAAUUAUAUCCGCUGUGUGCCCUCCCAGGCCAUGGCCUUCACCACCUAUGAGUUCAUGAAGCAGGUUCUCCACCUGAACUAGUGUGAGCGACGGUGCUCCUGACCCCUGAUUAACCUCAUUCCAUUGGGGAAUCACUCUGUACGUCUUAGACUCCUAUCAUACCCUAAAAAAACCAGAGCAGUCUUUUAACAAAAAAUGGAAAAAUGGAAAUCGAACAAAUGGGAGCCUCUUACUCCUUCUCAUCUGCAUCGUCAAGGAAAACGUCUUUGUUUGUAGAACUUUCUCAUGAUUUCUUGAUCGGGGGUGCCAGCAGAAACAAUCCUGCAUUGAUAAUUUUCACGCAAUUUCAUGUAAUCGGAAGCUUACAACAAAAACGUUUUUUUUUUUUUUUUGUACUGUGUUGAAUUAAAGAAUUUGCUUUUGUUCUUUAAAUUGUGGGGAAUAUUUGUCAUUUACAUUUUGCAGCUACACAUUUUUAUUUGCACGAUAUAAAAAAAAAAAAA